AUGCCUAUAGCCGACGUAGAUUAUGGAACGACGUCGAAAGAAUUAGAAGAACAUUUUGUGACCUGUGGUCCAAUUAAACGGACUACUAUUUUAUGCGACAAAUUCAGUGGUAAACCUAAAAGAUUUGCUUUUUUGGAGUUCUUAAAAAAAGAGUCUUUAGUUCUAGCCAGCGAGUUGAACAGGUCAAUGAUCAAUGGAGACGCCAGACGGAGGCCGAAAGGUGCAGCAGGUAGAGGCCAAACUCUACAGAUAUUCUCAACCUGUUUUGAUCAGUACCCUCUUGUAAACGAAAGUUUAUACAGAGGUAGAGGUCACAGGAGGUCGAUGAGAGGUUGCCGAUACACUCCUUAUUGA